AUGUCCUUGUUUGUGCGAGAUGAAGAUGAUGAACAGGAGCAAGAACAGCUGGUUCUGGACUUGAACAGUGUCAGAGACGACAAUGCUCCAGAGGCAAAUAUUAAAGAUGGUCAAGAUGAUGGUGAAGAGCAUGUGGAAUAUCCAUUGAUCGCUAGGGAAGAGGAAGAAGAUCUUGUGGAUCAGAUUGAGCCUAUAAAUAUUAGUUUGACCUUACCUUUGAAAUUCCAACAAUUGGUAUUGGAAGAUUUGGUGUCAGAUGAUUCAUUGCUGAUCUUGGGUAAAGGUUUAGGUUUAGAACCAAUUGCUGCUAAUUUACUUCAUACUCUAAGUGCACCAGCUACUAUUGCGAAUGUCACAAAGAGAAGUCUUGUUGUUGUUCUUGGUGCUACUGAUGAAGAUAAUGAGAAAUUUUCUGAAGAAUUACAAGAGCUUUCUUGGUUAGAUGAAGAUGAUCGUGAUGAUAGUAAAAGACCAUUCAUUGUGAUCAAGAGUGAUCAAUAUACUGCUGAUAAACGUCAGAAACUAUAUCAAUCUGGUGGUAUAAUGUCUGUCACUUCAAGAAUUUUCAUUGUGGAUAUGUUAUCUGGUAUUGUUAAUCCAUCCAAGAUAACUGGUAUUGUUGUUAUGCAUGCUGAAAGAGUUAAUGAUUUAUCAAAUGAAUCAUUCAUAGUCCAUAUGUAUAGACAACAAAACAAAUGGGGGUUUAUCAAGGCAUUAACGGAUUCAGCUGAAGAUUUUUCUACUGGAUUUUCACCAUUACAUAGGAAAUUAAAAGAUUUAAGAUUGAAAAAAAUCUUAUUAUGGCCAAGAUUUCAUAUUGAAGUUUCUUCAUCAUUAAUGAACAAAGAUACAAAAUCAGUUACUGAGAUUAAUGUUAUGAUGACUGAAUCUAUGAAACAUAUUCAAACUGGUCUCUUGGGCUGUUUGAAAAAAUGUAUUGAAGAAUUGAAAAGAAAAAAUCCAACUUUAGCUAUUGAUUAUUGGAAUAUUGAAAAUGCUUUAGAUCCAAAUUUUCUUGGUGUGAUUCAUAUGAUUCUAGAUCCAAAUUGGCAUAGAAUUUCAUUUGAUUCCAAACAAUUAGUUAAAGAUAUAAAACUUUUAAAACAUCUUUUAAAAUGCUUGAUUUCAUAUGAUGCUGUUGAUUUUUAUGAAGUGAUUCAAUUGGUUCUAGAGGCAAAUAAACCAUCUGUUGACAAAAGAAAUUCAGAAUCCCCAUGGUUGAUGGCUGAUGAAUCACAAGCUGUUAUUUCAUAUGCUAAGAAACGAGUAUAUGAAAAUGAUGAAUAUGUAUUGGAAGAAAAUCCUAAAUGGGAACAACUCGCUAUAUUACUUGAUGACAUUGUUAUUGAGCGUGCUCAUAAUCCACAUAAGGAUGGUCCUGUACUCAUAAUGUGCUCAGAUAGUAAAGUUUGUUUCCAAUUGAAAAGAUUUUUAUCCACGAUGAAAGAAUCUAAAACCGGCUCAAGAUCAUACAGUGGUCGUAAAGUGAUGGUUGAUAAAUUACAAGCUUAUUUGGAUGCUAAAGAAGAGAAAACAAAUGUGACUUCUAAAAUUCAAGAAGCAGCUGCUCAAGAAUCACAAGAUCAAGAAGUUACUAUAUCAAGAGCAUUUGCUAGAGGACCUGUUACGUCUAAAAGAAGAAGAACUAGAGGUGGUGCUGCUGUGGCUGCUGUUGGUAGAUUAUUGAGUGCACCAACCCCAGGAGAUGACAUUGAAUCUAAGCUGAACAAGGAUGAUGUUGAAAUGGAAUUAUUUGAACUUGACGCUAGUGAUAUCGAAGACCUAGGAAAUGAAGAUGAAGAAGAACAAGUUGAAGAAAUUGGAAAAGUCGCAGAAGAACCUGAAGCUAUCAAUGAACAAGCAUCAACUCGAACUUUUGAAUAUAUUGAUCGAGAAAAUCAAGUCAUAACUGAAAGAUAUCAAAGUAAAACUGAUGAUUUAAUUUUACAAGAGUUAAUGCCAUCAUUCAUAAUCAUGUAUGAACCAGAUUUAUCCUUCAUAAGAAGAGUUGAAGUUCAUCAAGCAAAUUUCAAGGACGACCCAGCAAGAACAUACUUUAUGUAUUAUAAUGAUUCGGUGGAAGAACAAAGACAUUUAACAGCUAUCAAGAAGGAAAAAGAAGCAUUUACGAAAUUAAUUAGAGAAAAAUCAAGUUUAGCAUCACAUUUUGAAACUGAAGAGGAUUUCUCAAAAUUUUCAAUAAGGAAAUCUCAAGUUAUGAAUACAAGAAUUGCAGGUGGUGCAAAUUUUAGAAAUCCAUCAGAUGAAUCAAGAGUCCUUGUUGAUCAUAGAGAGUUCAGAGCACCUCUUCCAGGUUUAUUAUAUCGUAUUGGUCUUAGAGUUGUUCCAUGUAUGCUUACAGUUGGUGAUUAUAUUGUUACACCAAAAGUUUGUAUUGAAAGAAAAUCGAUUCCAGAUUUAAUUGGAAGUUUUAAAAGUGGAAGAUUAUAUGAACAAUGUGAACGUAUGUCAAAAUAUUAUGAAUUACCAGCAUUACUUAUUGAAUUUGAUAAUAAUCAAUCGUUUUCAUUAGAACCAUUUUCAGAAACUAGAAUUCGACCAAAUUCUGUUCAAGCACCACAUCCAACUUCUUCAGGUCGUAUGCAAGAUGAAAUUCAAAUGAAUUUAGCUGCUCUAGUACUUAAGUUCCCCAAGAUGAAGAUUUUAUGGUCUUCUUCACCUUAUCAAACUACUGAAUUGAUUAUGGAAUUGAAAGCUUCAAGAGAAGAACCAGAUAUUGUAAAAGCUGUGGAAGCUGGUACAAAAGAAGACAAACAACGUAAUAAUGACUCUACAAAGAGUAAUAUAAUUACUUUAUUACAAAACAUCCCUGGAAUUACUAAUGUUGAUUUAUAUUCAAUAAUGAGAAAAUUUAAAGAUGUAAAUAAAUUAACGGGUAUGGAUAGAGAACAAUUGAAUGAUGCAGUGGGAGAAGAUUUAGGUGAAAGGAUUUAUGAUCAUAUACAAGCAAAUUACAUAGAAUAG